CCUGGAAACAUAGGCAAGGGUAUGGGGUGCAUUAGGCUGGGGUUGAAGAAGUGGCACAAGCUGUCCUUCUCUAUGACCCUACUUUCCUAGUGUCCAUCAGACCUUACCAUAGCCCUCCUUAUCUGGGGAGGCUCCUGCUUACAGUGGUCAGUCACCUAGGAGACCAUCUCUCAGGCUCAAAUCUAUUCUGGGCCUAGGCUGGCUCAGGAGGCAAUACUGACUACCCACUGGGGCAGCCCUCUUGAACCAAACCCAAAGUUACCCCAAUUCUUUAAGUCCCAAUUUCCUAAAGGUAACCCAGAAGCUUGGAGCAAGUGUGGGAAGACCACCCCAGCCCCCUUCCAGUGUUUGCUUCUGCUCCAGCAGAGUCAGCUCCGACCGCGGCAGUCAUAGGCCUCCUUCCACCCCAAACCAGAUGGCCUCCAGUUUGGCCCAGAUGCCAUUUGUCAGUGUCCUUGCAAACAUGUGGCGCCCAGAAACCAAGACAGGCAGCUCGGCCUGGACCACCCCUGGCAGGAGGGCUGUGGGGAUAUCCCAUUCAGCAUAGCUCAGCAAAAACUGCUCCCGUCUUCCUGCUAAUCUACCUCUAAGGAUACAGCCUCAGCUUGCCUGAGCCUUUUGGCUGCCACCCCUCACCACUCAAAGCACACGGACGCGCCUGUGGUCAAGCUGGCGACGGCAUGGCGGCCCUCACGUGUCUGCAGGCAGCCUGCCCUCCACCACUGUCCGGCAGCUGGCCAGGCACAGGCAGUUUGCUUGCAGUUCAUCAGUGGGUCUCUGUUCCCAUCCUGUACUACUAUAUGUCUGGGCCCCAGCUGGUACUUGGAGGUAAGGCCAGCUUUAUGCAGGCUGUCAUAUAGGACAGAUCCCUGAAGGCAGGUUCUAGGCUUUGUCACCCACCAAGUGACCUGGAGCCACUGUAAGUUCACCUACACACCAGGGUAUGAUGAAGGCACCCACAAUGACUAAUGCAUAAGGCUAGAAGGUGAUUGGAGUAUGGGAGAGCCUGGGAAGAAGGCUUCUAGUAGCUGACUCUGCACCUUCUCCCACUUCGGCAUAUGAAACCACCCAGCAGUCCCUCCUGUGGGCAGGGGAGGGGGCCCAGCCUGACCACUCUUUCUCCCCUCUAUCCCAGACCAGAGAUGUUCGUUUCAUUUGUGUCGACACCCCAGGCAGCAUGUGGCCCAAGACCUGAGGCCCCCCAUGGGCCCCCACCACCCUUGCUGCCCAAACCUGGAAAAGACAACCAGAGACUUCAGAAGCUACUGAGAAAAGCCGCCCGGAAGAAGAUGGUGGGAACAAACCUCACCCCACCUGGGGUCUUCCGUACCUCCCUGUCCCCUGUGAGUGAGGCCAGUCAUGACCUGGAGACCACCGUCCAGCGUCCUACUGAAGCCCCUCACUUGGUGGUCCCCCUGCCCCGCUCACCACAUAUCCCCAUUGUUCACCACGUAGCCUCGCCCCUACAGAAGUCCACUGUCUCUUUCAGUCUUCCUCAGCAAAGGUCUCUGGCAGCUCAUUUCAAGGCACCGCCUAGGCUUGAAGCCGCAAUCCCAGAAACUGCCUGGCCCAGCAAUGGCUUUGCCCAUGUAUCUGCCCCUACAGCAGCUGGUACCCAUAUCACCCAAGUGCAUAUCCGGCUGUCACCAUCCUCGCAUACUGGGACAUCCGAGUCCCCCAGGGUGGCCCUGGAUGGGGAUAAAAGCCUGUGUAAUUCUCAUACCCAGCCUCUCAUCCCAGUGGCACACAUUCGCCCACUGCCCACCGGGGUACAGGCAGUCAGUCCUGGGCCUGAGGAGCCCCCUGUAACAAGGCCACCACCCAGCUUUCAGGCCUCAGCAUCCAGAGAGUCAGGUGCUCGAGUGGUGGUACCCAUAGCCCCUACCUACCGCUCAUCUGGACUCUCGCCUUAUAGCCCAGCUCCUGCAGCUCCCGAAGCAGAACACCUAGAGGAGCUGCCCACAGCCAGGCUUGCCAUGGAGCCCAAGCAUGUCUCCAGCCUCCCAGCAGCCUCAGGUCCCUCGGGCCUCCCCCAAUGCCCUGUUCCCAAAGUUGCACCCAAGCCCUGCCUUAGUGGUUGGACACGCCUGAAGAAGCAACUGAUGGAGGACGCAGAGCAGCCUGCAUUUCCAGAGCCGGAGCUGAGCGUGCAGUCUAUGCAACCAGAGGUGCCAGCCCCCAUGGUCCCACAGCCCCCUGCCUCCAGGGCCUCUAGGAUGUGGGACGCAGUGCUGUACCGUAUGUCACUGACUGAGUCCCGUAGAAGCCACCCUGUGGGGCCCGGAGAUGGGGGACACCCCCCAGCCUGCCUCGGUCGCUUGCCUUUUCUGUGCCGACCUCGCUUCAAUGCCCGGAAACUACAGGAGGCUGUCCGGCCUGCUCCUACACUGCACCCCAUCCUGGAGCUACACUCCCAGCCCAAGAACUUCAACCGGACAGCAGCAGGUUGGAGACUCCAGUGAUGUAGCCAGAGUGGCCUCACAGACUCUGGACUGGGGGAGGGGGGGCAGAGACCGACUGAGGCUGAGGAUACAGAGAGAGGGUCUCAGUCCUCACAAGUGAACACAGUGGGUCAGGAUAGUGCAUGGCCAUGGCCAUGGCAGCUGGCUGCUCAAAGGAACCUAUUAGAUAGACACAGACAAGUUGGUGGGAGCGGUAGUGGCAAGUGAGAGAUGUGGAUGAAGCGGGGAGCAUGUGUCUGGAGGCAGUUUGGAGUGGUGGAGGAGAAUGCAAGUUGGAGAAUAUUUAUGGAUGAUGGGAGCCUGACCUCAGGACCAGGGUUCAUAGAGGGCUUUAGGCCCAGUGCAAGCUGGUUUGGGUGAGAGGUAUUCAGAGGUACAUAGGACUGGGCAGUGGAGAAAGGAUGUUCUGUGGUCUCAUGUGUGUCUCUUCUGAUUCCCGUCAGUAAGGGCUUACUGGGUAGGGCUACACUGAGGGCAGGGCUUAGUACAAAUCAUAACCAAGUUUCAACAGUCGGGUAAGGACAGGUCAAACCAGAGGGUUAUAAAGAGGCAGGGGCCAGGCACUAGAGGGACUCCACCCCUAAGAUCUGCCCAACUCUGACAGAACAUCAGCUGUGAGAGGAGGGACCCAAAGGAGCCAGGAGAGGCUCUCCGUCACAGCCACCACAAUGGGAUUCAGCAGGGAUUGGGCCAGAAGUCCUGCUUGGAAUAUGAUGGGUACUAUGGCUGUGGACAGAGCUACCAAUAAAUGUAUGUAUACCCAUACAGGCAUCACCUCUGUGUUUUUCAUGGGAUGGGGAAUGCAGCAGAGUCCCUAGGGGUCUUCAGCAGGGCAGGGGGACAAGCCAAGGUCCCAUCUCCUUUACUGGAUGUAUGGUAACCCACACUUUUGGAUUCUGUGCCACACUCAGUUUCUCCGGGGCCGACUCACAUAUCGUGAGUCUCACUGGAUAUGGUAGGAGUUCCUAAAUAGAGUUUGAGUCUCCUAUGAACAGUACUGGGCCAACCUGAUCCUGCUUGAGGGGAGAGAGUUCCGGGCUUCAGAGAGCCAGGAAGACAGCUGGUAGCCAGACAGAAAACACAGCAACUCUAAGGCCAGGUCUUCAGCCCUCAAGACCUAAGAUAUGGCCCAUCUAGGCCAGUAUGCUCCCGGGGGGACCCAUUUUGUCAUGCU